AUGUUCUCCAUCCAAACGAGGACAACUGCCGCUUUCAUACUUCUCAUCUACAUCAAAGGUAAGUGAUUAAUAUCUUACAAACUGAUCUUCCCAUUUUGACCUCGGCGAAAAACCCUAGAUGUGAGAAGAAAACAGUUUUCAAUCCUUUAACUUAAUGCUAAUUUCUACAGCGGGAUAAUUUAGAAGGAUUGCGAUCGUAGGUAUGGAAAGGUUAAAAUAAUGGCUAUCAUUCUAGUGAGUGUUAUUGCCGGUAGCCGCUCCUCUAUGACUGAUAGCAGUAGACAUAAGGUUGCAAAUAGGCGAAAAUUGCUCAUCAUAUAACGAUCUCACCAGCAAAAAAUGUGGUUGAGAUUACCGACCAAAGAAUGCGAGCUAAAUGGUACAUGAACAUGUCUUUCGGGUAAAUAAGUUAGUGACUGUGAGAACAGUUAUCAAUACCGAAGAAUAUAACUGCCUCAUUGGCACAUAUGAUAAGAUAAACGGCAUUUAUUUAGACAGACGUGAUUAAGACUUGGCAGCGCCUUUAUUCUUUCUUAUAUUUGCAGCGGCAUCCGUACCAGUGUUCACACAUGACGUCGAAAUACCUCCUUCCUUCUUGACGAUGCCACCCAGGGAAAUAAUACAUAUUCCGGGCAGGCCUCUUCACAUUCCCUGCAAAGCUAUAGGAUUUCCGGAACCAAGGUAUUCCUUCAAAGCACUUGUAGAGGUGGUCAGCUUUUUUUUACAAGUCUGCUUGCUGAUGGUUAUAAAAUAACCUUCCUAUGCUUGCUGCACAAUGCUAACCCAAGGAAAUGCAGCGCAGUUAAGCAUUGAUUGUUACUUGUUCAAUAAAAACAUUUGUGAAAAUUAGUAGGAAAUAAUGGAAUUGAAACCUAGAGUGCAGUAAGUACUAUCUUAAAGCAGAAGACAAGAUGAAGACUCCUUCAAUUUCCCCGGCAUUGAAACUACUAAUUUUCCACAACCAACAAAAUGUCUCAUAUGUUUCACCUUUACACAAUCGGUCUAAAGGUUCUCGAUCACAUAAAUCCGUGGCCAAGUUCUUUUGGAGCCUAACUUUAAGUCGAUAAGUCUAUCGUCACCGGAGCCUACUCAUCAAAAUGCUUGUCACUUGAUCAUACACAAACGUAGACAUUUGCUAUUAUGGGCAAAUUGGUAAGCUUUGACAAGAACCGAUUCGUAUAAGUACAAUAGCCGUUAUUCUAAAAAUCAAGUGAGACAAAAAUAAUGUUUUAAUUUGUCUAUUAUGAUAAUGCAAUGCAAAUGUUUGGAGUUAAUAUUUGCUGUUGGUCCUUGAUACUUUAUCUAUAUUGCCUGUACGCAGUUACGUUUUUGUUACACUACGACGAGAAAGCCUAUAAAAUAUGUGCUGACAUCUUGAAUGUAACACCUUUAUAAGAAAAACGGCUUAAAACACGGAAGAAAUGAAACUUAUACGGAUGCUUCAGUAGAUAUUUGGGAAACCUACCUACGUUGGUUCUUCUGAACGUGGAACAUGGUCAUAAUUACAAAUGGUGUAUAGUUUAAAUGAAUAAAUCGUUUACUGAUUUCUUUUUUACAAUCCCCAUCCGCGCUUUAGGCGCUGAAUGCCACGAUACUGUUGGAAAGACGCAGAUUACUAUUCAAGUGCCCUAUUUUCGCAAGCUUCAUUUCUAGAACGACAGUUUCGGCGUGAAAGACGGGCGUGCUAUUAUUCGCAAGAAAAGAAUUCCGAGACACGCUAAUAAAGGCAACCUAUUCUUGAUUUUUCGAGGUUCGGGAGCUCCAUCGUGAGAGGCUUAAGACUUUUACGCUUGCAGUCCGAUUGCUAGAGCACAAGAGUUCUGGUUGGUUUUCAUAUUGCAGAGAUGGGCAUUUCCACUGGCCAUCUUACACCACUUAGUAAUAGGCCAAUUUGUUGUUAAUUUGUAGAUGACUGGGGCAUUCCUCCGACGACAAGACAUAAACGCCCUCUUUUGCACCACUUCUCAAGGCUCUAUCCAUCACCUUUCCAGUGUCUUAUUCACACGCGUAUGCAGUCACGUAGAUAUGUGUGGACACCUAAUAACUAGCUGCUUACGUUUGAGGGGUGUCAUAUGUCAAACGAGCGUCGAAAAUGUCUGGUAAAUGAGCGUGCGAAAAGACCCCAAAAAGUCUUUAUAAUAGCAAUUGCGGACACAUUGGCUGUCGCUAUCAGUAUUCAUUUUGAACUGAAGUUUCGUCACCAGCAGUUUCAACUCGCUACAGCAACCAUUAACCGGAAUGUGUCUGGGUGCAGAAAGAAGCCUUUCCAUCGGACCUAAAAUAAUUUCAUUCGUUUUAAGCUAUUCCUUCGGAUUUACGUAUCCUUAAAUAAAAAAAUGACCAAAAUGACUUUAGGAUUAAGAGCAGUAGAGCGCGCUGAAAAGGUUCUGUCUUCUUUAUAUUUAAAGGCGAUCCUUAUUUGCCCCCACUUUAAACCCCAACCUUGACUGCUUUAAUUGGUGUUGCAGCAAAUGCCAUCAAAAUACCAUAUUUCUGCGGUCAAAUUCAAGUUAGUUAUAAACAUAAGGGUUUAUCACCUGAAGACGGUGGUUACGGUAACAUCUUAUACAUGUAAAAAUGCAUUUGGCAAACCGCGCGGUGGUCAGUCCCACAGCAAUAUAUCGUCGCUUUUUGGUGCAGACUGAGGCAUUUGUCCAAUACCGAAAAGUAGUGACACAGGCACUUUGGUCUCAUUAUGAAGUGCGCCUACUGGCAAGUGUUCUGUGCGUAUAAGGAGGUGAUUGAGAGUUGCUUUUAGAAUUUGUAGGCUUAUGCGAACGUUGGCUUCGGCAAACAAGUCCGCAAAGGACUGGAAUAUGAACUCUCCUAUAAUGAGAUGGAAUUUCAUUAAAUUUCAGAGAGGGCAAAUAUUCCCCUGUCCCAAGCGUCAACCCGACACUGAGCCCAACUCAGACCUUACCCUUAACCUUUAAUCCCACACCUAAACCUGGAGGUGGCCUCAACCUUAAUCACCCUGGAAUUCGGCGCAAGGUAACUGGUAUUACGGAGGACAUCCUAUUUCUUUGUCCUAUCACUACGUCUUUUCUUCUUCUUCUUCCUCUUCUUCUUCUUCGUGAUGUAUUCCUUUUCCCACACAACUCUGGUAACUGUUAUUGUCUUUGGCGGCUGUAAUGUUGUCUUAUGGCAGCGCUUGUAUAGUCACUUUAACCAUCUGGAAAGACACAACAGUUCGAGGUGGUUAACAUUGACACCGACAUGCUAGAGUGUGGACGAGUUUGAAUUUUUUGAGAUUGUCAGGAGGAUUUCAGUGAGCAAAACGUUGUGGCCUCAGUACGUUGGAUGUUUAGUUCAUUUUGGCAAGCACUACGAAUUUUCCUUCCGCGAAUGGUCAUGUGAAGAGAUUGUAGGCCGAUGUCUUUGGUUUAACUUCGGAAACUACUUCUAAUCGCACUCAAACUUUUGUAGCCUAACUUAAAACCGCUUUUUAUGUGACAUCUUGUCCUAUGUUUCAGACGACGUUGAGCACAGUCUCGGCCAACAGGUGGCAGCAUGUUUUUCACGCCAUAUCCGGGUUGUAUGCCUCGCGCUCAUUAAAAGCCUGGAGCUCGGUUAUCAUGUGAAACGUUUACCGAGUUAGCAAAUAAACAGUGAUAUUCUCUGAAUAUGUGUCAGGGCACCAGGCAAGAAACUUUUUAGGUACUUUUAUGACCGAUGCGGGGAAACAGAAAGUAAAUUUUCCAGAGCAGCGAAUCGUCGCGGUGAACAAUAACUUCAGUGUGCAAUAAGGAUUGGCCCAAAUCAACUAUAAGUUGAGAUGAACCAAGGGUAGUUUAUUUAAACUACACUACCAAGUUCUCCUUUGUUGGAUAGUGAAAAGCCUAUUGGCUUAUGAAAUGAAAGAAACUUUGUCUAUAAACAUGAAUAUUAAAUCUCAAAAAGUGUUCAUAAAAAUACAAAAAUUCCCAACUUGAUUAUUUUUAAUCAACGCCGAAAACAUAACAUAAAGACGCGUUUUAAGAAACAGACGGUAAGAUGGAUUUCAACGUGAAUCUAAAGCAUCAAGUGGAUAAAAUUUUCAUCUUCGUGACCGCAUCUAUUUCCUCUCAAGAAUUUCAUCUUUGAUUUACUGUCUGGUUCUCAUGUCAAGCUUCCAAUUUAAAGUCUACUAAACAUGGAAGAUAAACAUUUUGCAUGACUUACCUUACUAGAAACAAAGGUACUAGACACUUUUUUCAUUUGAAUUCUGUUGCUGCCUGACACAGAUACCAGGAUUCCGGCCCAUCAGAGCAGCGGCAGAGUAUCAGGAAAUACAUCUCUGAGCUCUUAAUAAGUGCUUGUGUUGUCAGUAUUUCCAAUCGUUAAGCAUGUAUUUAUUACUGGCUGUCUGUUUACAGUUUAUGAAUAUUAUGCGGUCAUCCCACUGAAGCUGAUAAGUUUCAGCUGAAAGAUCCACAUGAAAUUUUAGAUUGAGUUUAUAAAACUACCUCCCAGACGAUUUCCUCAAAGCUAGCGCAUCACAUUUCGACGACUUUGAAAAACCAAAAAGAAGGUAUAAUCAGUAUUUCAAACAAACUAUAACAGUACUGGUGGCGGGGGUACAACUUUAGUUAUCUGUCCUUAAAUAGAGCGAUAGACGAAUAUUUGCCGGACACGGCUACAGAUUAUGCGGUCCGUAUCUCAACCGUAGGGCAGCAAGUGGGAACGUGGCGAUGUGAUCAUUCAUGUCGUAAAAACAUAAGCGUUUUCUAUUUAAAAUUUUUACUUCUGUCGUUGUGCACCAAAACGUUUUUGAUUUUAUGACAAACUAACUAACGAAAGCUAAAUUUAGUUAAAUAUAUUUUGGCUUUUAAUGCCAUGUAGAAGAAGAUCUAAUUUUCGCAGGUGAAAGCAUGAAAAGGAGUGCAAAAGAAAGGUGAUCUUAGAAACAGAAACAGGGAAGGAGAUUUGACUGCUGGAGCGAGAAGUUGUAUUCGUUCGACGUUUCGAAUUUAUGUCAGUGUCCCCCAUCAGAGGCAGCGACAAAAGGUACAAGCGACUGCAUUAUUUCAAAUGAUGCACUUAGUGCGCCACACACAAACCUGUCAAAAUGUUGAACUCCCUUAUUAAUCGCAAAUAGUCGUUCUGAGUGCGAGGAUUACAAAUCACAGUAAAACAGAAAAUAUGAUUGCUGAAGUACACUACUCUCCACGGCGCUCUUUGCGAGCGGCCACCCGCAAAACUCUGCAAACCGGCGCAUGUACACGCGGGACGAGAUGCCAAACGCCACUUAUCUCAAAUUAUGGCAAGGACUCCCGUACGUUAUGAAAUUCUCGGAAGCCAUUGGCCCCCUUCUCAUGUCGCGUGGGAUUGGGAUUUCAUACUGGCCGGCGGUAGCCAUCAAGCACUAUGCCAUGAAACAAGGUAUCCGCUGGCAUGACAGAAAACAUUUGGAAUGGUGUGCCACACCGAAUGCAGUUGUGGGCAAAGAGCCAUGUUGGGCGCUUUGGAAGACUACUUCGUGUGUGGACGGUCGAAAGUACAGCAUCACUGGAGAGAGGUGACGCCAAUGCCCAAGUCACAACAUAUUCGACAGCAGCCGGCCAGACCUUCGACGGGGCCAAACAUUUCGCAAAGUAUGACCACCGAGCAGAGCGUACGCAAAUUGUAUCGUGGUUUUUCGGAGCAUAGAUCGUUAUCAAACGCAAUGGUCUCACACCUUCUUAUAUAGUCUCGAAACUUGGCUUUAUCAGAACAACUGGAAAUUGGAACGCCAAAAGAUCCACACCGUUAGCAAAAUGUUUACAACUGACAACCCUGCUGAGGGUGAUCAAGUAAUAAUCGACAUUUAUAUUAAUAUCUGUGAUGAAUACGCGCCAACAAUUCUGAUGGUUCUGUAUGGCGACAUAGCGGCGUCCUAAAAAUACUGAAACCCCUCGAGCAUUCAUUACAUUUAUCCGUUACUGUCUCUAAUGAUGAGGUCGGACAAAAUCUGUAAGUCAGACAAAUACAACUUCAUGUUUCAACAACCGAGUUUCUUUCUUAGGCUUAAAAGUUAUAUUUUGCUCUUGGUCAGGUUCUAGCUCAAAACGUUUCUGACAUUAAUGUGUGUUUUAUUAUUGUGAAAUAUUCAGUUUUUUAUCGUCAUAAACUAUCUGAGUCGGAAUACCAUUGGCUUCAGAGGGAUAACACCGCACUAUUCAUAAAAGGCCAACGGGUAGCCAGUAUUAUGACAGAUGAGCGCUUACAGAUCCCGGGAUUCGCUCGUCUUGCUGCUCCUUGGGACUCCCUCUAGAAUCCUACCGGAAACCACACCGCAGCGCGUGAUAUGGACAGACUGGCACCACCGACUAGGGCAAGGGUGGCUGGAAUGGCCACUUCUGGCUUGUUAGCCGUCGUCGGCCAACCAUACCCACUCCCGGGGUGUGUAAUCCCUGGGAGGGGUCUCAUCAAUGAGUGCCUCUGCGUUACCUAUUUGGUUAGCAUCCGUGCUUCCAGUAUAGUAAAUUAUGCAACACUUGCAUAUUGCAUGUGUGCACUACAGACAGACUGUUAGCUUUAUGAAUAUUAUGCGGUCAUCCCGCUGAAAGUGGCGGAUUUUGUCUAAGAUAUUUACGAUAAUGGUAGCGAAUAAUUUCUGGAGAGAUUAAGAAGUUUAAAUUUCGAACCUGAAGUAUAGGCCAGAGAGCAUCUGGCGAACGCUAGGAGACACCUCGCGGCUCUGUCAUGUAGCGGCCGGAUAUCGGCGGAACACGUGUCUGGGCCUCUCGAUUAUGCCUUUGCACAUUUGAACGUUAUUUUCUUUUCUAUCUUAAUUCAAUUUAAAUACUGUUACUUAACCUCUUCCAAAAAUCCGGACGUUGUGCGAAUAUACAAAGCGCGGUAAAUGAAAUUUCCUUUACUUCUAGCAAGACUAGAGUUUUUGAGUGGACGAUAGAUCAUGUUUUGGUAUAAAAACUGUUGAGCAAAUAAGCGAAUGGAAAACCCGCGAAAGUUAUUUGUGAUAGAGUUUGUUCAUCUGAAUGUGCACGUUUUUCAAAACGUAUUUCACAUUUCUUUCAAAAUAUUUCUUAAACUUCUUGAGAAAACUCAAACAGUACAGAUAGUCUCAGACAGGCCUUUAAUUUUCUUGAAGAGGAAGGGAGCAUUUUUCAUUUUUUAACUUCCCCAAAAACAGAACAAUCGAAAUAUGUAUCCACAUUCACUGAGUCAGCACCAAUAAAUGAGUCAAGAUGCAUGUAUAGGUUUUCUUUCUGUCCAUCGGCUAACGCACAUAUUUUGCGUCUAAUAAACGUUUUGUUGCCUUAAUAUUCGCUGGACGCGGAAGCCGACCGGAAAGACGUAUGAAAAAUGAUCUCUGUUUUCUACUCUAGAAGCUAAAAUAGUAAACGCCGUCGAAGUUUACUGAAACGGUUUGAACACGCAGGCGGUGUGUAUAUGCAAAUGAGGCUUAGCCGGUGUUGGUUGACAGGCACUGUGUGUUUGUCGAAUACAAGAGAAAUCUGAUUAACUACUAUGCCACUUAUUGAGUCCGCUCUCAUCCCCGGCCAACUUGACUCAUUCCUAUCAUUGACAUUGACUUAAACCCUGAGGAUCAAGUCAGACCAGUUUGGUACUAACUUAUUUCACAACGAUUUACCUGAUGUGCAUUUGCAUUACCCCAGCCCAUUUCACUUCGCAACCUGAAGGACUACAAAUUGGUGGGCAAAUUAGGUGUUUAGGACAAGGAGUCCGUUGACGAUGACGACCCUUAGGAGGGAGGUUUGGUUCAUGCCAGCUGAUAGGCCAGAACUAUCGUAGUGUGCGGAAAAGGAGGGCACAUGUGGUGUCAGAAGUUCUAUAAACCUUGAAAGAUAUAAUAAUGUCAAAGCAAAAAGAUAGUUGCACAGUUAAAUUGACCGUUGCGUGCACCAGUAGGGUCGAAUUCAAGGGGUUUCCUAGAGCCGGUGGAAGCAGGAGUGUUUUGUUGGACUUAGGCGACACAAAUUUCUGCUAACUGAGUCUGACACGCGAUAUGAACCCCUCCAUUUAUAUCCAUUUCAGUCUGGCAAACAAAUUGAGAGUGAUGACGUCUCCUGCCUAACCAUCGCCGCCAACAGUCUUCAGUAA